GAAACGGAUCCUCCCAAGACCCCUGAUGCUAAUGCUCGUGCGUCCGAACUCACUUCCUUCAAGAAGUAUGAGGACGACGCGCGAGAUGUAAAGUGUAUCAUUAUGGCCAGUAUGACCGCGGAGCUCCAAAGGCUCCACGCGGACAUGGAAGUGCGUCCUAUGAUACAAUGCUUAAGAGACCUUUACCAGGGUCAACCCCAAAACUCAGAACUUGCAUGAAUGUAGACAAUUGACGGAGGGAGAGAUACAACUAAAUUCGGCAAUGGCGCACUCGUCUAUGCAUUAGCCGUCGGAACCUAUAGUUUAUCUCUACCUAGUGGUCUAAUAUUGCAUUUGAAUAAUUGUCUGUUUGUACCUAGUAUGAGCAGAAACAUCAUUUCUGUAUCCUGCCUUGACAAAGCAGGAUUUUCAUUCGUUGUAAAAGACAAAACUCUUUUUGU